AGAACAAUAUAUUUUAUCAAACGUCCGAACAUAAGAGUAAUUAGAGGGAAUCGGACGGGUGAGAUUGAAGGCGCACAAACACAUCAGGAAUGAGCCCUGGCAGCCAUCGCACGGUAACACCCACACACGCGCACGCAUUCUAUCAGCUUGACGAGUAUCUCCAAACGAGGCCCCAAAGCCAACAAACCCUAGCAAAGAUCCAAGGCGAAGAAGAAGGAAAGAUCACUGAGAGCCUCGAUUAUGGCUUUCACCUCACGCCUCCUCUCUAAAUCCAAGCAGUUGCGUGGAAGCCAGUUUAUUUUGCAAAGGGAGCGUGCUGUUCCAGUCCGUUUCUUUGCCAAAGAAGCUGCUCCCCCAGCUCUCAAGGGGGAUGAGAUGUUGAAGAACAUUUUCUUGGAAGUUAAGAAUAAAUUUGAGACAGCCUUGGGUAUACUUCGGAAGGAGAAAAUAACCAUUGACCCAGAUGAUCCUGCUGCAGUAUCUCAGUAUGCAAAAGUCAUGAAGACCGUGAGGGAAAAGGCAAAUUUGUUCUCAGAAUCCCAACGGAUUCAGUACACCAUUCAAACCCGAACAGAAGGCAUUCUUGAUGCUCGAACAUAUCUGCUGACACUAAAGGAGAUACGCAUCAAGAGAGGCCUCACCGAUGAUCUUGGUGCAGAGGCUAUGAUGAUGGAUGCUUUGGAGAAAGUUGAAAAGGAAAUUAAGAAACCACUCAUGAGGAAUGACAAGAAGGGGAUGGCUCUUCUUAUGGCAGAGUUUGAUAAGAUUAACAAGAAGCUAGGUAUUAGGAGGGAAGAUCUGCCAAAAUAUGAAGAACAGUUGGAGCAUAAAAUUGCAAAAGCACAAUUGGAGGAGCUGAAGAAGGAUGUUCUCGAGGCGAUGGAAACUCAAAAGAAAAGGGAGGAGUUCAAGGAUGAAGAAAUGGUUGAUGUUAAAUCAUUGGACAUCCGGAAUUUUCUUUGAGAUCAUUGGAAUGCCUGCCCUGUUUUGCAUUUUUUUUUUUCAUUGAAAUAAAAGAACUAUCUGAAGUUACAACUACUGCUGCGUCUGAUUGAAUGAUGCUUCUGUGAAGCAUCUGUUUUGUUAUCCUAAAUUAACUAUAGCAGCAGAUGACAGUUUGGAAUGUUCCUUGCAUCUGCUUCAAAACUGCCCUCCGCAGAUUUCCAUGUGUGUUAGAGGAAGUCAACUUGUUGCUCAAGUAGCUUGUGAUGUUAUAUGAAGAAUCGAGUGUUAUUCAUUUGCAA